AUGGGGAUAUCCAUUCAUUUACUCCUGGCUUUAUGUACGCUGCACCUGUUCAGCGACUUUAUCACGGCUGUGAAUGCAACCAGGAGGCCCUGGACAACUGCAGAUAACAGCUGGGCAGCGGCGAGGAAGGCCCGGUCUGUGAACAGCAGACCCACACCCAUCGACUGUCAGCUGGGAACCUGGUCAUCCUGGACACCAUGUGACUCCUGCACAGACAAACGGUUCCGUUCCCGUCUCCUUGAGAAACCCUCUCAGUUUGGCGGCACAGACUGUCUGGAGACACUGUGGGAGUCGCUGGCAUGUCCAGAAGCUUCUCAGUGUCAGGUGAAGGAUUACUGUGGAGAGAGUUUUACCUGCAAAGAGACAGGUCAGUCCUGCUCUGCUUCCCUUCGCUGUAACGGAGAGUCUGACUGUGACGACUUCUCCGACGAGGAGGGAUGUCAAACCUUCAACCUGAGAGAUGAUAAAUGCUCCACCCUCAUGCCAAUCCCCGGCGCUGGACGUGGCACUCAGGGCUACAACAUUUUGACUCAAGACUUUGUGGAUCAUGUACUUGACCCAAAGUACUUCGGAGGACAGUGUGAAUACGUCUAUAAUGGUGAAUGGAGAAAAAUUCACUUACGAUGCUUCUGUGAGAACCUGCACUACAAUGAAGAUGACAAAAACUACCGAAAGCCUUACAACUACCACACCUACCAUUUUGUGGCGCAGGCUCGAUCAGAGGGCUCUCGCCAGUAUUAUGAGGACAUGGUGAGCCUGCUGAAUGCACGAAAAACCACCUCAUCCCACAACGGAGGAGCCUCUGUUGGGGUUUAUUAUGUGGAAGUGGGACUGAGUGGCAGCAAGGAAGCAGAGUUUCUCAAAAACUUAACACAACACAAGAGCCAGGACCUCGGCUUCAUUCGACUGUGGUCCAAAGUACAAACGGCCGUCUUCAAGAUGAGAACCAAUAAACUGAUGCUCCACGAAGAUUUCUACUAUUCCCUGAUGGAGCCAGAGCAGUACGACUUCGGGGUGUACUCCCGCUUCAGCACGUUCGGCACUCACUACGUCACCGAAGGGACGAUGGGCGGGACCCUGGAAUAUGUCGCAGUCGUCAACAAAACAUCAAUGGCGACAUCGAAGACUGAUGCUGAACAAGUUGGAAGAUGCAUUGGCGGCUCGAUUGGGUUCAGCGCUCCUCUUGACAUUUAUGGAACUCUGGGUUUCAAGUUGAAAGGAAAGUCGUGUGAUAAAACAGGAAAGUUCAGCGCAGGUAAACAAAGACAGCUAAUGACGGCAGUUUCGUCCGUGGUGGAGGACGUGGUCGCGCUGGUUAAAGGGGGUGUGACAGACAGCGGCACCGGCUUGCUGGCCAUCAGGAACCCUGAAACCUACCGGAAGUGGGGGCAUCCUCUUCAGUACAACCCAGAACUCAUUAGAAUAGAGACCAUGCCCAUUCAUGAAGUUGUGCGCCUCAGCACCGCCGCCGACCAUCUGGUUGUCCGAGCAGUCAACCUGGAGCGGGCUUUGGAUGAGUACUGCAGCAGUUUCGACCCCUGCCGCUGCGCCCCCUGCAGGCACAACGGGAUCCCCGUCCUCUCAGGCACCUCCUGCGGCUGCAUCUGUCGGUCCGGCUACCAGGGAGAGGCCUGCGAGGAGACGCUCCGGAGAGAUACCAAGGUGGACGGCGCAGGGUCCUGCUGGGGUUCCUGGUCGUCCUGCUCCGCGACGAGGAAGACCAGGUCCAGAUCAUGUAACAAUCCUCCGCCUGACGGCGGUGGAGCAGCCUGCCUGGGCUCCACUUCCCAGACCCAGCGCUGCUGA